AUGGGCUCCAACUCCUUCGACCAAGACUGGAAAACCGCCGCCCCCUACCUGCCUUCCUCGCAAGCCGAAGUCGACGGCAAGCCCUUCGACAAGAAGAUCCGCGGCGAGUGUCACUGCGGCCAGGUCUCCUACUGGCUCUCGCGCGACCGUCCGCUCGCCUCCAAGUUCUGCCACUGCCGCGACUGCCAGAAGAUGCACGGCGCGCCCUUCCAGUGGGCCGCCAUCUUCCACAAGACCGACCUCGCCUUCGACCGCGGCGUCGACGGCCUCGCGUUCUACAACUCGGGCUCCAAGAAGACCAAUCACGACCUGCCAUGCAAAGUAUCGUGCGGCCACUGCGGGAGCCGGAUCAUGGACGAGGGGAGGAAUAUGGUGCUGUUGUUCCCGGGGUUGUUGCAUUUUGAUGAGGAGGAGAAGAGGGAGAAGUUUGAUGUGCAGAUGCACAUCUUUUAUAAGCAGAGGGUGGUAGAUUUACCUGACGGCAGACCGAAGUGGGCUGCCUUGGACGAGAAGAGCGAGCUGAUGGACGAAUUGCUCGACGAUGAGAAAAGUGAAAAGAUUUCUGUCUUCAAGGCGACUGAGUCCUCAGAAUCGGCGAAAAGGAAACGAACGGCCUAA